AUGCAUUCGCUCCUGAGCCGGGAGAAGAAAGAAGAAGAAGCCAGGUUCGGGAUCGAUCUGGGUCUGUCUCCGGGCUUUCUGCCCCAAGCUGCCACCAUGUUCAGCUGCGUGGGCUGCUUCUGGGUGCUCCUCUCCUCCGCUCUGGUCGCCGUGUGCAGUUUCAGCUUCAUAUCCCCCGCCUGGAUUGUUAAGGACCAGCCGAGGAACAACCAACACCACCAGCACCAGCACCACCAGCACCACAACAACAAGGACUCCGUGAGCUUCGGCUUGCUGUGGCACUGCUCGGAGUCUCUGGAUCACAUGUACCGCUGCUACACCUUCGGGGGACUGGGCAAAUUCGCAGAGAUCCCCUCCAGCUCCUGGCAGACCAGCGCGGUGCUCUGCUCGGGAGGCUGCGCCCUGCUGGCCGUCAGCUCCCUGUUGGCCAUCAUCACCAUCUUCCUGCCCGGCGGAGGAUGUGAGAGGAGGAUCUGCACCCUGGCUGGAUACAUGCAGAUGGCUUCAGUGUUCAUCAUGGCUGCUGGACUGCUGGUCUACCCCUUCGGCCUCAACUCCUCGCUGGUGCGGUCCUUCUGCGGGGCCUCGGACAUCUACUACGCCGGCGAGUGCCAGAUCGGAUGGGGCUACAUGCUGGCUAUCGUCGGAGUCAUGCUCACCGUCUUCUUGCCAUUUUUUGCCAAAUAUGCACCGAAGGAGCAGCUGUCCCCCACCCCUCUGCCCACGCUGUUGUAG